UUCCGCUUUUGGAAUUUCCAACAGUUCUAUUUUUAUAAUACCUUAGACUUUCCCGAUGAUAUUCGUGUUCGACGCCACAGCUCAAAUAAUUGCCAGGAGGCCAGAAGAACUCGCUAGAUAUAAAACACAUCGAGGAUAAUGAGUGUCUGUCAGAGGAGAUCCAUCGUUCGUCCUCCAAUGAUUUAGCAUACAUUUUAAAACGAAAUUUUGUUUUGUACAGUUGCAAAUAAUGGCAAGCAGCCAACCAGAUGAUAAAGGUGCUAGGCCCAAGACCAAUUCGCAGUCAAAUAGUGGGCACAAGAAGGAACGAGGAAGAGCCAAGCAUGAUAAUCAAUCUGGGUCAGAUGUAGAGAAAGAUUCUGUACCAAACAGUGAACAAGGGAAUGUACCACCAGGAGUUCAGCAACUACCAUACCUUGUUGAUGUGGCUGUUAUUUAUGCCAAGGAGGAUUAUGAUCAGGUGGAAACUGAGUUUGUUCCAUGGUUGAAAGAAAAAGCCAUGAAAUUUAACCUUGUGGGUGCAAGGAUACAUCUGUACGAUGAUUCUGAUGUUUGCUCAGAAGCUAAUGUUUUCAGUCAAACAAUGAAUGUGACCACAAAAUGCAUGAAGAUAUUGGCUUUUAUCACUGAUAAAUUCAUGAAGGAUAAAAUUCUUACAGGCGUACUAGAAGAACUAAUUAUGAUGACAAGGUUCAUAACAGAAGAUGAAGCCAAACAGCACAUUUCCAAGAUAAGUGAAAAACUACAUCCAGUACGUGCGAAAUAUCUUUCUGAAUGUGUUCAACGCCAAAAGGUAAAUGCUCUUAUUCCUGUUCAAACAGUAGAUAAAAACAUCAAUUUCAUAGGACUGAAAGCGAUUACUCCAAUUCCAUUUUAUGAUCUGGAGAAGAACUCUGGAUUUAAAGAACGGAAAGCACAAGGAGUGAUCAAGGUAGCUAUGGAAGACAGGAGAAAGCUGCAGCAGUACAUCACUAACUCCGAAAACAGGGCAAUGUCUUCGUGUGAGCAUCAAAAUGCUUCUUCUCGGGAACAUCCACAAGCUGCUUCUGUACAUGCAACACAGUUGAUUUCAUAUUCAAGUUCCCCUCAAAACAUGGGUAAUCCCCCAAGAAAUCAAUGGCAGAAUAAUAACUAUUUUGAUGAUGAAGACAGGAAUGAGACAUCUAGGGAAUUGCUAUUUUCCAGUAACCAGUCGGGGCACAGCAACAAUGUGCCAAUUUUGGAAGAAAAAGAAAAAAAGACAGAUAACAACGACAGCAGAACAGCAAACACUGACUUACUUCCAGAGUCCUCAAACACUGUGGACAGCAAUGGACAAGAGAGUUCAGCAGAACCUCGUUUGGAGGGUGAUGAAGGAGCUAGUGAGUCUGGAAACAGCCAAGAUGAAGGUUUAGGAUCAGAACACAUUCAUCCGUCUCAGGUUUCUACAUCAACGGAGAAUUCCACACUGGAGACGUCUGAGGAAACCAAAGUAUCAGUACAUGGUGAUCCAGCUGCUACACCUUAUAUAUCCAGAAGCCUUGACGAAGGAAGCCAAAUUGAUAUUUUCAUCACGGACUUCGCCAAGGCUUUCGAUAAAGUCAGCCAUUCCCUGCUCAUCCACAAACUGAAGUACUAUGGUGUAAAAGGAAAUGUAGUAAACUGGAUUGAGAAUUUCCUUCUUGGCAACGACACUAUCGCUUAUCUAUUUGUCAAGUCUAACAGUGAUGCUGAAGCUCUACAGCAAGACUUGGACAAACUGGCGAUCUGGGAAAAGACAUGGAAGAUGGCCUUCCGCCCGAUCAAGUGUAAUGUGUUGUCUGUGAACAAGGGGGAAAGCCCCAGUAUCCAUUAUUACAUCCUCCAAUGGCAUACGCUAAACACGUAG